AUGGCAGCUGGGAUGCGCUUAAGCUUACUGCAGCUGUUCGCCGCGGUUCUCGUGUUCUGCUUCGCGCCCGCCAAGUCCGGCUACUGGCUCCCGGCCCAUGCCACGUUCUACGGCGGCGCCAACGGAUCUGACACAAUGGGUGGCGCGUGUGGGUACGAGAACUUGUACAACGCGGGGUAUGGGAUCAACAACGCCGCGCUAAGCACGGUGCUGUUCAACAACGGCUUGUCGUGCGGACAGUGCUACCUCAUCACGUGCGACACUAGCAAGUCAGACAUGUGCAAGCCCGGCACGUCCAUCACCGUGUCCGCCACCAAUUUUUGCCCUCCCAACUGGGCUCUCCCCAGCGACAAUGGCGGGUGGUGCAACCCUCCACGUGUCCACUUCGACAUGUCCCAACCCGCCUGGGAGAACCUCGCCAUCUACCGCGCCGGCAUCGUCCCCGUCCUCUACCAGCAGGUCACGUGCCAGAGGCAGGGCGGCCUGCGCUUCACCAUGAACGGCUUCAACUACUUCGAGCUUGUGCUAGUGACCAACAUGGCCGGGAGCGGGUCGGUCAAGAGCAUGCUGGUGAAGGGAACCAACACGGCAUGGAUCCCCAUGUCCCAGAACUGGGGCGCUAACUGGCAGUGCCUAGCCGGGCUGACAGGACAGGCCCUCAGCUUCGCCAUCACCUCCUCCGGCGGCCAGUACAAGGUCUUCCAGGACGUGGUACCGGCCUGGUGGCUGUUCGGACAGACCUUCACCACCUGGCAGCAGUUCGACUACUAG